CUUGAGAGAAACUGAACGAGUCUGUGGCUCUGUGUUUGUUAGAACAAACAUAUCCUGUCUUUAUUGAUUUGUUCAUGAAGUUAUCAGGGGAUGACUUUUAGUGUAAGGGCUUCUUUAACGAGACUGUUUGCGCCUUGGACACAGAGCAGAUAAUGGCCCCAGAGGGGAACAGUGAAUCAGUUUCCAGUUUAUAAUCUGACACUCAUAUCUCUGGGGUGUAGUCUAAAUAAAGGGAAGUAGGCUUGAUCGUCGCGCAGUGACAGACGAGCAGCAUGAACGGCAGCGAAUCGGAAGAUGCUGGAUGCGACUCAACUGGAUCAGAAGCAGCUGUCGGCAGCAAUACCGACGCCCACGGCGGCCGCUCGACCACACAGGGCACCGUUGUGGCGCGGCUGUCGCGGUAUGGCCUGCAGGUCCUGCCCGGGUCUUUCCAGAACCGUAGGUCGCGGUUGCAGAGACAGCAACAAGCCGCAGCUGUCGGCGACGCGCCGGGAGGUCCGCUGCCGAGAGAGGCUCCAGAGAGGGGUUCCCUCACACCCGCCAUGCGUAAAAAGUACCUAAAAGAGUUGUUCAGUAGCGGGUUCAGCAGCGCACUGUCCUCCCAGACCGAGACAGACAGCGUGACCUCCGAGCCGGAGGACGCAGACUGGGCUCUGUGUCCCAUGGAGCACGCGUGGAUGCUGUCUGCGGUGGAGGGGAACUACGCCACCAUCCUUGAGUUCAUCUCCGAGGAGCCGAACCUGCUGACCAGGCGGGACUUCGUCAGCGGGUACUCGGUGCUGCACUGGCUGGCCAAGAGGGGCCAGGACGAGACUCUGCUCAAACUUCUGCGCUACGCGGAAACUGCGGGGAUCCGCGUGGACGUGAACGUGCGGGGCAGCGGCGGGCUCACCCCGCUGCACGUCGCCAGCAUGCACUCCCACUACAUGGUCGUCAAACUGCUGGUGGGGGCUUUCAGUGCUAACGUGGAUGCCAUGGAUUAUAACGGGAGGAGAGCCUGGCAGUAUCUGAGGGGAGACGCCCCGCUGGAGAUGAAGGAGCUGCUUGGGACCUGGGACGAAGAGCACAGCUUCGGAGCUGUCAACGGGAAUAUCAACAACAGUGCGAGCUCCGUGCCCCUGACCCCAGGUGGCGAUGUGGACGACGGGCAGCCUGAAGGAGACUCCUUUGACCGGACUAAGAGAAGCGGCAGCUGGAGAUUUGGCUCUUUCAAGAAAAUGCUGCCCUCGUUUUCGUUUUUAGGAAACAAAAGCUGAAGUUAAGACAACCCUCCAAAUAUCUGCGUCAUCACAUUUUAUAUGAAGUUUAAAACCUGGAUCAAAAACAUUGCAGUUGACUGAAAUUCACACUCCACUUAUAAGUUGUUUCAUUACAGCAAUAUAGUAAGAUGGAGUUUAAAGGGAUAUUUGUGUUAAAUACCUUCUGUACUGAAAGAGAAUCAAGCCUAUAAUUUAUAAGGGGUCACCCAGUAUACAUGUAUUUUAAAUAUGGGACUAACUGGUAUACUCCCAGUAUGAAUACUGCUUUUCGUUGAUAUCUUAAUUGUUCAUUAGUUGCUAAUAAAAAUGUAUAAUCUUAUUGCAGCUGAUCUUGUUCCUUCAACAUUUCUCAAGAGCUGACAUGGCCACAUUUUCCUCCGGUUGAAGUACAUGAAGUAAACACUUCAUAGUUUGUCUUGUUA